AUGGCGCUAUCGAUGGAGGUGGACCUGCGGCGCCACCACGAUUUGAACAUCAACCUCGACAUCACAUUCCACACAGUGCCGUGCGCUGCACUCAGCGUCGACAUUAUCGACGCCAGCGGCACCGCCGACAGCGACGUCAACAACGCGCGCGGCGCGCACCUCCACAAGGUCCGCCUGAGCGCCGCCGGCGCGCCUCUGGCGCGGACCUCCGAAUACCAGACGCCCCAAAGCCAGAGGAUGACGACAGAGGGCGGCUCCAGCGUCGUGAACGUCGAUCUGGGCGCCGCGGUGCAGCACAUGGGCGAGAUGGAGCAGGAGAUGGGCGCGCACGAGGGCUGCCGGCUGCGCGGCGACGUGACCGUGCGGCGCGUCGCGGGGCGGCUGCACUUUGCGGUGCACCAGCAGAGCUUCGCGGACAUGCUGCCGCAGCUGCUGACGGGCCACGUGCUGCCGCGGCUGCGCAACAUGAGCCACACAAUCCACAAGGUGCAGUUCGGCCCGAGCUUCCCGGGGCAGGUCAACCCGCUGGACGGCGCGGUGCGCAUGGAGCCGGCCACCAGCGGCGGCCACGCAUACAAGUAUUACAUCAAGGUGAGGCGGCGCGGCGGUGUCGCUCAAUUGAUUGAGUGCGCAGGUGCUGGUAAUUGUUUCCAGACGGAGUGGGAACUGGGGCUGGGUGACGGGGCUGGGUCAUGUCGUCACCCAGUCAAAACUUCCACUUAG